AUGACCGUCUAUGAGUAUCGAGACUCGACCCGAGCGCUGCUCGCCGACGCGCCCUCGCUCGCCCGCUCGCCGGCCGAGGCGGCGCUCUUCCUGGUCCCGGCGUUCGCGACGAACAUGGAGGCGCUGCGCGAGUACUACUCGCACGCGCAGCGGCACGUGGCGACCCACCACCCGUGGUGGACCGCCUCGGGCGGCGCGAACCACCUCUGGUGGUCGACGGCCGACGGAGGCGGCUGCGAGCUCAACCAGCUGAGGGAGACGCGGCACUCGGUGGCGGUGGCGCACUACAUCAAGGCGAACAGGUCGGGCGGGUACCGGCGGACGAACGAGCGGUGCGGCGUCGCGAGCAAGGACCGUACCGACGACGACCUCGGCCGGGAGGCGUACUCGGAGGGUGUGCGGCAGCUCGUGUGGAAGCACCUGCGCAAGGCGGACGGAUUCAAGGUGGUUGCCCGCUCGCCCAGCUACGAGGACGACUGGGCCGACGCGCGGGUCUGCCUCGCUCCCCUCGGCAUCGGCUGGGGGAUCCGGCUGCUCUGGUCCGUCUUGGCGGGCUGCGUGCCGCUCCUCGCCUCGAGCGAGGUGUCGCCGUGGUUUGAUCGCGUGCUGCCCUGGGAGGGGAUGGCGCUGCUCGGCGUGGACCAGCGCGAGCUGCCGCGCCUGCCUGCGCUCCUCGCCCGCCUCCCCGAGGAGACGCUCGUCCAAAAGCAAAAGGCGCUCUGGCACUACCGCCGCACGCUGCUGUGGCCGCCGGCCGGCAUCGCUUACAACGUGACACUCCGCGAGAUCUGCGUGCGCGCGGAGGGCUUGGCUCGGGGGCGCGGGGCGCGCUGGAAGUGGGACUGCGAUGCGCUUCUCCCCGCGGGGCUGACGCAGAGUCUACACUCCAAGCGCUGGAAGGGCUCUAAGUAG